GUCGCUUCAACGCUUCAGUCCUCAUUUCCUUUCAUAGACAAACAUUCUGCCAAACAUCUCCUUUAUUUUAUACAGAAGGACAAACAUCAUAUGGGACUGGAACAACAUCAGGGUUUCCAUACUUGCCACUUAGUAAAGAAUGGCGUGGACGGUGCAUCUCAGUAACCUGGUGUUAGGUGUGUACGGCUUCACGCUGAUCACAGGCCUUCCCGCAAACAUCCUGGCUUUCUACACGUUCUUCCAGAAGGUUCGGCAGCGCUCCACUCCGAUGGACGUGCUGUUACUCAGUUUGACCAUCUCUGACCUGGUCUUCCUCUUCUUCCUGCCCUUCCGCAUGGUGGAGGCGGCCAACAUGAAGUGGACACUGCCAUAUUUCCUCUGCCCGCUGUCGGGUUUCAUCUUCUACUCCACCAUCUAUAACAGCACCUUCCACUUGACGGCCAUCAGUGUCGAGCGAUACCUCGGUGUGGCUUUUCCUAUUAAAUACAAGCUCAAGCGCAACCCCAGGAAUGCACUGAUCGCCAGUGUCGUAUUUUGGAUCAUGUCAAUGGCGCACUGCAGUAUCGUCUACAUCAUGCAAUACCACAAUCAUUCCAACCCAAACUUCACCGAUCCGUCAACCCGAGACACAUGCUAUGAAGAAUUCAGCCCCGAACAGCUGCAGAUCCUCCUUCCUGUCCGACUAGAGCUUUUUGCAGUGCUUUUCUGCACGCCGUUCCUCAUCUGCUGCUUCUGCUAUAUCAAAUUCAUCCACAUCCUCUCCAAUCUGCCUAGCAUCAACGCUAAGAAGCGUUAUAGAGCCAUCGGGAUGGCACUGGGCACACUUUUGGUCUUCAUUAUCUGUUUCAUGCCCUACAACAUCUCGCAUGUGGUUGGAUAUGUGAACAGGCAAAGUCCAGACUGGAGAGUUUACGCUCUUCUCACGAGCACGUUUAACGCAUGCCUGGAUCCGUUCAUCUUCUACUUCUCGUCUUCGGCGCUCAGAGGAACUUUCAAGAACGUCUUGGAGGAGUUGGCAAGGCGUCUGGUUCUUCCGUGUUGUCGCACGACUCUUUAUUGCCCUUUGUUGAACUGUUCAAGUGCUGAUGAGAAAACUCAGAGCUCCACUGACAGCACGCUGUAGAAAUGGAUGUUCAUGAUGAGACUGUGGUUUGUAGGAGACACCAUAUGGGCCAGUGUUUUUAUUUUUAGUUUUCUUUUGACUGCAGUCAAGCGUUGUCAGCACAUUCUUAUGAGUCUAAAGCAAAUGAAUGUAAUUCUGAUGCGGCACUGCAGCAGCAGCAGCUUAAUGGACCAGAAUAAUGGACCACUAUCAAUAUAGGGUGCAAUAGAGCCGCCACACUUCUUCAGCAGCGCUGAUUCUGGAAGUGUUUUUUCAUUAUUUUUUUCCUAAAACCCAUAUAGAUAUUUGGCAAUAUAUGCAAUAUAUUUAUGUAUACAACAGUUCUGUCUGGUUCUUGAAUCUGAUUGGCUGAUAGCCAUGCGAUAUUGUGCAAUAACAGCUUUGGUCUAGCCUCUUCACCCUUCACCCUUGUGUGUUACUCCACCCACAUACAGCAACAACCAGAGGACACGCUACAAUUUGACAAAUAUACCUGCUGUUAGGCAACAUAAAGUACUUUUAAGGCUUUUUUUAGUGGAGAAUGUAGUUAUUUAGAUUGCAAACUAUGCAGUUUAUUUAUAAGGAUAGUGCCUAUUUUAAAUAUUUAUAAUUUCUGACAGACAGAGCGUCGGCGGCCAUUAGCCUGGCAUACUGAGCUGACCAAAGACGGUUGACAUUGUCUAUACACAAGAUGUCUACAUGACUGCAUAAUAAGCUCUUAGAAGAUUAAAACAGCCUAAUUUCUAACUACAGAUAAUCAAAUUAAACUGGUAAGCAUACCUGCCAACACUGUUUUUCCGGGCAGUCUACUGUAUUUCAGACCAAUCUCCCACAACCCUCCCAUUUUGUUAUUUCUCCUGGAAAACUCAUGUAAUUUCACCCCCCCCCCCUUUUUUUUUUUGGUACAGUCUGUAACACCCCCGGGUCGCCAACUUUGAUACAGUAUCCGAUCGCAGAGCCGCACAAAACCAAGUGCAUAAUACAGUUACUAACACCACAGUACAGUUACUUUCCUAUCCCGAUUCUCAACAGUGUUAUUCAGAGAAUUCACCCCCGAA